CCAGCAGAGCACCUCCUCCUCAGUCUGCUAGCAAACAACUGAGAAGUGAGAUGGAGGAGCAUUUCAGACACAAGUGGCAAUACGAAAACUCGCUAUAAUUUAGUUUUUUAACGUUUUCUUUUGGUAUUUGUUUAGUUUAGCGACAAUUAUAUGUCUCGCAGUAGUGUAGCUCGAUGAGCUCGCCUCGCUGUAUAAGCAGUGACUCUGCCCACAGACUAGUAAACACAGUUAGCCUGGGAGCUAAGCUGGCAGCUGUGCAGCUAGUUUCUUCUAACUAGUUAGCAUCGAUGAGGAAAGACAACCUCGCCUUCAUUGUAAACAAGACUGAGCAGCUGGUCUUGAGUUAACUGGCGGCUGGUCAAGGAAAGAAUACAACAGAAUGACAGAUGAUGCUGUCCUGCUGAAUGUACCUGUCAUUCGGCAGCUGUACCACUGGGACUGUGGCUUAGCCUGCUCCAGAAUGGUGCUCAAGUUCCUCCAUCCAGUCAGUGAUGAAGAGUUUGCGCGAGCAUGCUGGGACCUAAAGCUGACAGAAAGCGUGUGGACUAUUGACCUGGCCUACCUCAUGUGCCAUCUUGGAGUGAAACACUGCUUUUUCACACAGACUCUGGGUGUAGAUAAGGGCUUUAAAAAUCAGUCCUUUUAUAAGAAGCAUUUUGAUACAGAGGAAGACAGGGUGAACGAGCUCUUCCUUAAAGCAGAGACCAAAGGUGUGGUGGUGAAGAAAUGUUCUGUGACAGUUCAGGAAAUCCAGUCUCAUCUGGAGCAGGGCCAUGUUGCCAUCGUGCUCGUCAACGCUGUGGUCCUGACGUGUGAACUGUGCUCUUCACCUGUCAAAUACUGCUGCUUUCUGCCUGUGGGACAGAAGUGUUUCUGCAGGAAGCCAGAGUACCAGGGUCACUUUGUGGUUGUUUGCGGCUUCAACAGGACCACUGGCUGUAUCUUUUACAACAACCCUGCAUAUUCUGACCGGGUUUGCUGCACCAGCACCAGUAACUUUGAGGAGGCCCGACGGAGCUAUGGGACAGAUGAAGAUAUCCUGUUCAUUUUCAAGGAAAGCUGAUGGACAGAGAGGAUGGAUUUGGAUUCAUCAUUAUAGUAAUAUCAUUAUGCUGCAGGUCCCCAAUCUACCACGUCACAAUCUAGUGGUGCAUCCUUUUGUCUGCUGUCACAGAGUCCCUGUUUUUUUUUAUUCUGGAGCUAAAACAACACACACACACACACACACAUACAUAUAUAUAUAUAUGUAUAUAUAUAUACAUAUAUAUAUAUAUAUAUAUAUAUAUACAUAUAUGUGUGUAUGUGUGUGUGUGUGUGUACACCAAUACUGCGCAAUCUUUGAGGGAUUCACAGUGAGAACAUUCUAUAAUCUACAAAGGAUUUUCAUUAUUUCCUUUUCUUGAAAAGAGCAAAUUGUUCAAAUGAAUUUUAUUAUGUGUUGAAUUUAAAUGACUGCAGUUGCUCAUGGACUGAAAUGUCAGACUGUGGGCAGAAGAAUUCAGACUUGUGCAACAGUGGAUGAAAUGUGGGAAACAUGACCUAAAAUAGGAAUUACCAGGAAGUAGUGUGCACACAAUUCAGGGCUGAAGAUGGCUACAUGUAGUGUAUUCAAUUUAUUUGUUUGGCUCAGUGUUGUGCGAUGCUGCUCCUCUGUAGACCCCAGCCUCACCUCUACUUGCCUUUUACAAAUCCACUUAGCUCACCUCUCAGUCACUUUUUAGUCACGAUUCUAUCAACAAGGAAUCCAGGAAGUAAAGUAUUUUAAGAGUCUCAGGUAAUUAAUGACAUCAAAUGACGACACUAGUGCAAUGCAAUACUUCGUAGUCUGUCUAUGGAAUUCAAUCUGCCGACAGAAGAACAUCAACAUGGACACGAUGAAACAAAUUCAUCAGAUUCAUUCACUUCACAGGAAAUACAGCUUAACAUUUUGUGUUGUGUUGCCAUGGAAACUUAGAUGGAUGCAUUGCUGGAUGAGUCAUGCUGUGAUGAUAUCAGUUAAGACAAGGUAAUUUCCUCACUGUCACUUAGUUUUAUUUUGAAAUUUGAUGGUAUAUAUGUUUUUGCACUACAAUUUUCAUACCAGAUAUAAUUGUGUUAUUUAAAUUAAGAUGCUUUUCUAGAUCUAUAAGAAGUCAUUUCCCUCUGGUUGUGCUUUUUGGUGAGAUCAAAUGGCAAGUUUUAAAAUGCAACCUUUAUUUUUUAUUAAACAUAGAACUGCAUUUAUUAUAUGUUGUGAUUAAAAGAUUUGAACAUA